AUGGACUACCAGAACCGUGCAGGUUCGAAGUUCGGCGGCGGAGGUGUCGCCUCGCACUCGGCCACGAAUGCGGACCGGCGAGAACGUCUACGCAAAUUAGCCCUCGAGACGAUUGACCUCGACAAGGACCCCUACUUCUUCAAGAACCACGUGGGCUCUUUCGAGUGCCGCCUCUGUCUCACGGUCCACCAGAACGAUGGCUCGUACCUCGCCCACACGCAGGGCCGGAAGCACCAGACGAACCUGGCGCGCCGCGCCGCGCGGGAGCAGAAGGAGAUGCAGAAGGAUGGGCAGAUGGUAGGCGGCCCCGGGGGCAUGAUGGGCGUGCAAGUGCGCAAGAACGUGGUCAAGAUCGGCCGGCCGGGCUAUAAGAUUACCAAGAUCCGCGAUCCCUUGACUCGUCAGGUCGGCCUGCUUUUCCAGCUGCUGUACCCGGAGAUCGCGCCUGGCGUGCAGCCUCGCGUGCGGUUCAUGAGCGCCUUUGAGCAAAAAGUUGAGGAGCCAGAUCGUGAUUACCAGUACCUGUUGGUCGCGGCCGAGCCGUACGAGACGUGUGGGUUCAAGUUGCAAUCGCGCGAGGUCGAUCGGCGUGAGGGUCGCUAUUGGACUUGGUGGGAUGGCGAUGCGAAGGAGUUUUGGUGUCAGGUCCUUUUCAAGACAGAAAGAGAUGAGCGGUACAGCAAUGUCCCCGGUUUGGCGCCCGCGCCCGGCAAGAAGUGA